AUGAAUUCCGUUAAAUUUAUUACAAUAUUAUUGAUAAGUUGGAGUUUUCAUCUCAAUAACGCUGAAGAUGAUUUCGAUAGUAAAUCUUCAAAUUCGAGUGGAACGUUUGAUACGAAUUUCUCAAACAAUGUGGGCGACAGCAGCAAUACCAAUAGUACCGAAGCUCGGUUGGAGGAAGGGAGCCCAGAAGGUGUGAAUGCUUUCAAAUCUCUAAAUGACAAUUCAAGUGGACCAUUCGAUGUAGAGCCGGUUGGCGAUAGUAAAGCUAGUGAAAAACACAAACUUAUUGGAAGUCGAGUGUUGAAAAUAGAAGAAGCCCCUUACCAUGUUGCAUUAUUUCGUAAUAAUUACUUUAUUUGUGCGGGUUCAAUUGUCAGCCGUGAUUGGAUUGUGACAGCGGCCCAUUGCGUCAAUGGUGGUGGAAGUUUUGGCAUACGAUUCGGGACUACAGACUGCCGAAAAGGUGGUGAAAUUCGUCACAUUACCACUGUGGUCAUAAAUAGACGUUUUAAAAUCAGGUCCCUGGACAACGAUAUAGCAAUGCUGCAAGUCAAUAAACCAUUUCAAUGGUCUUCAGGUGUAUUACCGCUCAGCUUAUCCACUGAGUUUUCCAAAUUUCCUCGAAACACUAUAGUAACUGGCUGGGCGAGUAUUGAAGAAAAUAAUGGACCAGAAUUGUCUUUGGGUGCUGCAAGAAUUACCACUGUGCCGCUCAGAGUUUGCCGCAAAUUAUAUGAUGACGUAUAUCCAAUUACGAAAAAAAUGAUCUGUGGAAAUUCAACUGGUGUAGGUUUGUGCCAAGCUGAUUCCGGCAGUCCUCUGGUACACGAUGGCAUACUUUAUGGCAUAGUUACUCUGGAUGUAGAGUGUAAUCGGCCAAAUACGCUUGGCCUCUAUACGGAUGUUCGCAAACAAUACAAAUGGAUUCAGAAUGUAGUGCUGAAGCAUGGCGGUCAAACACCUAUUAUAUUAGAUUAAGUAUUCUGGUAUUAA